AGAGAUAUUUUAAUGAACUAUUCAAUUUUAGCUGUUAUAGGUAUAAUUAAAAUAGCCAAUAAAUCUAGCUUUUCAUUUAAAUUAAAGUAUAGUACUUCUUCAAGGCGCGAGCUCUGUAAUUUUAACUUAGAGUCUUUUUACUUUAAAUAUAAUGAAUAUUUACCAGGCAAUUCUUUACCUUCAGAAAAAUUCUUAAUUUGAUUCAUAGGAUUUACAGAGGGUGAAGGAUCUUUUAUAAUAAAUAAAAGAGGCGAUCUUUGUUUCGUUAUUACACAAAGUAAUAUAGAUAUUUAUGUAUUAGAAUUUAUACAAGAAACUUUAGGAUUUGGUAAAGUAAUACCUCAAUCAAAAGUUACAAGUAGAUAUGUUACUCAAAAUAAAAAAGAAAUCGAAUUAUUUGUUCAUUUAUUUAACGGUAAUCUUAUAUUACCACGUAUAAAGGGAAAGUUUGAAGAAUUUGUGAAAGGAUUUAAUGCAUGAGUAUCUAAAGGAAGAAUUAGAUUAGAUACAGUUGAAGUAAAACAUUCUUCAAUUUUACCCAGUUUAGAUAACAAUUGACUUUUAGGUUUUACUGACGGAGAAGGUUGUUUUACUUGUUCCAUAAAUAAAGAUAAAGGAUUUAGUUUUAAUUUUAAUAUUGCUCAAAAAUGAGAGCAAAAUGUUAAAAUACUUGAACAUCUUUGUUUAUUAUUUAAUGGGGGUAAAGUAUCAAAACAUGCUUCAGGUCACAAUGUCUAUGAAUAUAGAAUAGGUGGAUUAGAUAACUGUAAGAAUAUAUUCACUUAUUUUGAUAACUAUAAAUUAAUUACGAAAAAAUCUGCUUCGUAUAUAGCAUGAAAAGAAGUACAUGCUGAUUUAUUAAAUAAAAAUCAUUUAGAUCCCAUAAAAAGGAUUGAAUUAAAAGAAAAAGCUAGAUUAAUUAAUAAAUUUAAUUAA